AAAAAGACGCGAUAUCUAUCAACCACUCUCCUCAAACUCCAUAACCUAGGUAAGGCCCACUGUCCAAUCCGCAUCAUGGCGGACGACAACCGCCACAAUGGCCGACAUCAUCACCGCGAUAUCCUUCGCCGCGGGCGCUGCCUCCCUCUGCAUCAAAGCGCUUGACAGCCUCAAAAGGUUCGCGCAUGGCGUGCGCAGCGCCGAAGACGACCUGCGCGAAGUCCUCACCGGCGUGCGCUGCUCCUACAGACUCCUGGAAUUGAUCCGCGAGCUGCUCAUCGAGCUUAAAGAGAGCAAUGUGCGCGAGUUCGACAUUGCGGUAACGCUCGACGGGCUGAAGGAAACGCUGACCCUGCUGCUCGCCAUGGCGGACGAGGUGUAUAGGAAUAGCAGUCGGAUACGGUUCUGGCGCAGGAUGAUUUGGUCGCUGGAGAGGUCGAGGGCGCUGUAGUUAGGAAGUAGGUUGCGGCAGCAUCAGCUACAGCUGAUAAGUGUGUUGCAGACGAUUAGUAUAAUUUCCAAUCUACGUUCUCAAAGCAGUAU